AGUACCAUAAAACCAUCUCUGGUUCUCUGGUAUCUGCUACAAUGGCGACUCUGCAAACUAUGGCGUUCUCUUCACCAGUCUCUCAUUGUUGUCAGAAACCUAGGUUUCUUCCAGGGGUGACGUCAGGAGUCGUUUGUCACAGUUCGCGCUCUGCAUUCAAUGGCCAAGCAUUGAGCGUACCGAUUUCGAGGCGAAUUCCUGGUACAUUUAAAAAUUCUCGCACAUCCACACUUACCAUACAGAUGGUCAAACCAUCAAUUCAGUUCAUACCAGGUAGAGAUGAACAGACAAUACCAGAUGUGAAACUAACCAAAUCAAGAGAUGGGACUAAUGGUAUGGCCAUUUUCAAGUUUGACGAACCAUCUGUUUUUGACUCAUCUGGUGAAGUUGGAGAUAUCACCGGGUUUUUCAUGAUUGAUGAUGAAGGGACACUCCAAUCGGUUGAUGUGAGUGCCAAAUUUGUUAAUGGAAGACCUGCAGGGAUAGAAGCAAAGUAUGUAAUGCGGACUCCGCGAGACUGGGACCGGUUCAUGAGGUUCAUGGAGCGCUAUGCCAAUGUGAACGGCUUGCAAUUCGUCAAAAGUUAAAGGCAAUGUACAUACCCCCUCCCCCCCCCCCCCAAUCUUUCUUUUCUGUAAUUAGGUCAACCUUGCCAUUGCAUCUUUCUUUUCCAUAAUUAGGUCAAUUAAAAUGUGACAUUUUGAGGUAUCAUUUAGUGGCAUAGGUAGACCUAAUGUGAGUACUAUGUACUGGCCCUCUACCCUCCCAUUCAUAAACUUUUAAUUCUUUAUAUAAGAUGAAGGAAUCACUUGUA